CAUUAGUUAUGGAUUAAGAAAGUGAAGAAAUAAGAAAUUCAUUUCCAGAAUAUCUUACAAAUACAUAAGAAGAUGAUGAACAUGUAAAGAUUUUUACAUAAUUUAUAAGCUCCACUAGUGCUUGUAAUAAUUCGAGAUUUUGUUAAAUAAUUACAAAGAUGAACAAAAUAUCUUAUCUGCAAUUGAAUCUAAGAUUACUAUGGUAUUUAAUUAAACUCCAAUGUAAACAAUAAUUGAUUGUUAUGAGAAUAUUGCGAAAGAGUAUAAUUUAUAAGUACAAAUGAAUUAGAAUUUAGACAAAAUUGUUUAGAGUCUCUAAAUUUCAUGAUUUAAAAUAUUUGCCAUAAAUUCCAAUAUUAAAUUAGUAUUUGGAAAGUAAAAUUAAAAGUGUGCCUUGGCCUAUUAUUGGUGAUGUAAAUUCUAAUCAAUUAUAAGAAUAAUUGAUUAAAUUAUAUAAUUUUAACUAUGGGAGAAUAGCAUUACAUGAACUGUUAUUAUUAUGGUUUCCAUCUUUAAUAAAACCAUAUUUUAAUGUAUUAGAUAGUUUGUUAAAUAUUUAAAGUAAAUUAAGUUAGGAUGAAAAAUAUUAUUUUGCAAUAAUGGUAAUUUUAAGAUUAUAAUUGAUAAAUAGGGAGCAGCAGCAUCAGGAAGUGAUUAAUUAUACGAUUUAUUAAUCUAGCAUUUUUAUUUGAAUGAAGGAGAGAAAAAUUGGAUAGAUUUAGGAUAUGAAAGCAUUGAUGAAAAAAUCAAAUAAUUAGAUACUAUUUGUAAAAUCUUAGUUUAGAAACCUUGGGAAUAAUCACUUAAAAAUACUUUAUAAUAGAUAUUGAAAAAUAAUAAGUGGAAUAAAAGAGAAUUAAUAUAAGCACUUAUGAUAUUCAUUUUUUAUAACAAUAUUGGUUGUUUCUCUUAAGGUAAUGGAAUACUUAAAGAGAUAGAUUAAACAUUUAAUUUAUCAUCUGGUAAUACUAGUAUAAGUUUUACAUUAGCAUAAGAAUAAUAAUAAUAAUAAAUUGAUUUAACAUAAAAUGAAUAUAUCAUUUAAGAAUUGAAAAAUUAAGCACUUUUAGAUGCGAAAUAGGAUAAUCCUAAUUAUUCAUCAGAUAAAAUAAUUUAAGUUAAAUCUAAAUAAUAAUCGAUUGAUGAACCUUAAGAUAUAUCUGAUUUGGAUGAAGAAUAAUUAAUAAUUAAAUUUAAAGAGAAAUUUUAAAAAUAUUUUACAAUAGAGGAAAUAAAAGAUUCUACUGGUUAUCAAAUAUUGCGAUUUUCAGUAUUGAUUGACUUUAAUUAUAGGAAUAUAAUUUUUAAAUGAAUAGUUAUCCUGUUUUAAAAUCGAUAUAUCCUGAAGGUGCAUAGACAAUGCAUGAUUUUUUGUUAGAAGUGAAAUAAAUGACUAGAAAUACAUUUGGGAAGGAAUAAUAGAUCACAACAGCUGCUUUUAGAAAGGCAAUAAGAGUAUAUGCAUAGAAUAUUUAUCGUUAUUAACAUGAUGAUAUCGAUUAUUCAACAUAGGUAUAAUAAUUAUAUGAAUAUGAAGAUGAAUAAAUUAUUACCUAAAGAACUUAAAGCAUUUAUAAAAAUAGUUAGUCUAACACCUAAUUUAUUAUAGAAGAAACAUUUAGAGAUAAUACCAUUGAAAUUGACUCCAGAUGAAUUAUGUCAUAUUACAUUAUUGACUAUUGCUGCUAAAAUAGAAGUGCAAUUGAUAUAUUUAUCUAAAGCAUUAGUAGAUUGUAUGUGAAAUCUAAUAAGUAUUUUUAUAUAUUUUAAUUAAUUAAUGC